GACAACUUCAAAACAGGGCGUCGGCAACCCGCAAAACCCGCGUAGAAAGCCCCACCCAACUCAUUUCCCCAAUUAUAACCCCAACCAGACCUCGUGCCUUUAACCUCCCAGUGCAAAAACGCCCAACCCCUUUCCUUCACUGUAACCCAAGAAAAACCCGGAAAAUACUUGAAAAAUAAGCUAAAAACAGUGAAAUAAGAGACGGGUUAUGCAAAGGGAUGCAUUGAGAUCCAUCCUUUGUAUUCCAAGUGUACGCUUGUGUGGAAAGUUUUAUCUUUUUUUACAAAUUUCGAAGGUUUUGAGUGGAUUUAGUGGGUGUGAGGUUUGCGGGGAGGUGGACUAGAGGCAUGGCCCAUAUCUAGUGGAGAGUGAAGGGUGAGCAAUGGCAAGCAGCAGGGGUGUGGUGGCGGCGGCGGUGCUUGUGGUGAUGGUGGUGGUGCAGGGGGUGGGCGUGGCGGGGCAGGAUCUCGGGGCAAGCAAGGAUGACCACCGACGCAUCCCCUACGGGUCAGAUUACCGCUGGAAGAAUAUUUUGUACAAUGAAGUGCGCAUGAGGAACAGAUACAACCAUCCCACACACAUUGUAGUGGCGCCGCGGGCACUUCCCGGGGCAGUGUACCGGUGUGUGGUGUCCAUCCUGUACCUGGACCAUCCGGUGGACGUGCGAGCCUUUCUGAGGAAGGAUGGCGUGGAGAUAGCAGCAGCCAGGAGCAAUGUUAUCAAGGGAUACCCAGAGACACUCCUUCUGCAGAUUCCGAGGACCAGCGUGUGGGGGGACUACUGGCUAAGGAUUGAAGGCAACGUCCCUGGCACCGUUGGAGGGACCAUCUUCGCCAACGACACUCAGCUUGCCUUCUCUAGACGCUUCCUCACCAUCCUCAUUCAGACCAAUCGCCCCGUCUACACUGGCGAGCAGACGGUGCGCUUCAGAAUCAUCCUCCUCACCACUGACCUCAAGCCCUACGAUGACCCUGUGGACGUCUUCAUUCUGGACCCCGACGGCUAUGUGAUGCGGCGGUGGCCCUCACGCCCUACCAAUGUGGGGGUGGUGUCCAUGUCCUUCGACCUGCCCUUCCUGCCUAAGGUGGGGUGGUGGGGCAUCAAGGCACUGGUCAACGGACAGGAGGAGGUCAAACCCAUUAAGGUGGAGAAGUGGUACACCCCGCGAUUUGAGGUGAAGAUGUUUAUGCCGAAAUACUUCCUGGACACUGACUCUGAGAUCGUGGGUGAUGUUGGGGGUGAGUUCUCCAAUGACAAGGGUGCGUAUGGCAAUGCCACACUCAAACUCUUCAUCCGCAGCCCUGAAGAUGAUCGCUGGAAGUACGUCAUGCAGCAGGAUUUUGCCCCGCUGGAUGCGGAGGCGGAGUACAGCUUCCCGAUGGACGCGGUGGCUCGGAAGGUCCCCAGGCUGGAUGGGUCGGAGAUCAGAGUGGAGGCGGAGAUUCAGGAUUCCUUCUCUGGGAUUAAUGGUACAGGUUUCUCCAUGGCUAAGAUCAUCAACUCGUCCAUCAACUGCAUGUUCCUCGGGUCACCACCUUAUGUGUUCAAACCCGGCAUGCCUUUCUCUGCUUCGGUUGCUGUCUCCUACCACGACCUCAUGCCACUGUCACAGGAGAAGCUUGCCAUGUCUAGGCUGGUGGUGAAGGCGGAGGCUGUGCUGAGCGGAGGUGGACGGCAGACUGUUUUUCAAGUGGAGAUCCCACAAGUGACUGUUGAGGAGGAGGAGACAGAGUUCCUUGAUGAAUCGUGGAAAUACAACAAGCGUCUGGAGGCACUGAAGGCGGAGGACCCUGACUACGACCCCACUGCCUUCGACUACAACUACAACUUUGACUACGAAUCCGGCUCGCGUUUUCUGACUGGCGACGAACUGGUGCAGCGGAAAAUGGACCUGUUUGUGCGGAACCAGCAGUUUGAGAAAUACCGUGACAAGGGUGUGUUCCACUUUACGAUGGACCUCCCAGAAACGACCAGUGGUCUCGUCCUCUCCGCCUCCUACCAGGAUGACGAGGGUGACACAGCCGCUGCCAGCGCCCAGGGCAUAGCAUACUACUCCCCCAGGAAACAGUACAUCGGAGUGGAGACGAGCAGCAAGGGAGUGACGGUUGGGGAGUUUGUCGUUUUUCAUGUCCGUUCCAACUUUAACAUGGAGUCUUUCAUCUACCUGGUGAUGGCUAAGGACAUGAUCCUUUUCGCUGGCAAGGAGGUUCUGGACACCACAAGCCGGGCCAGCGUCAAGACCAUGUCAGUGCCGGUCAGCUCCGAGAUGGCCCCUGCGUUCCGGAUAUUUGUGUACCACCUCACCCAGACCCAGGAGAUCAUAUCCGACUGUAUCACCAUCCCUGUUGACGGCAUCUCACGCCACAAGGCCAAGCUAGUCAUCAACCAGGACAAGGACCACAGCAAGCGUUCGGUGGAGCUGGGCACAUACAGCACUGCUGGGGCCUUCUAUGGUGUGUCUGGGGUGCGCGAGUUCACCUAUGCCAUGAGGGGAGGCAACGAGCUCUCCCAUGCCUCAGUCCUCAACUCCCUCCAUGGAUUCAGUAAUAAUACCAGAGCUCUACACAAGAUGGCAUGGCGGCCGAGAGAGGGAUUCCAGCCAGAGGAGGUGGAGUACUACACGUCAGGAAACUAUGGGCCCGACUCAAACAGAACCUUUAAUUUCAGCGGCCUUGUAAUAUUCAGUGACGCUACUCUGGGUGUCGUGCCUGGAUAUGAGAAUAACGUGUGCAAUGAGAGCCAGGGCUACUCUCCGUGUCUGAUGGGCGGCUGCUACCAGACCUACAAGCGCUGUGACGGCAUCUCAGACUGUGCCGAUAACUAUGAUGAGGUCGACUGUGGUGACCGGCUGGCUGACACAGAGGUGGACUUCCGCAUCCAUCGUUACGUCAAGUUCUCCGAUUUCUUUGACACGGAAGACGGCGAUUGGCUGUGGCUCGACAUAAACAUUGGGCACAAGGGACAUGAGCAGAACAGCAUAGAGCUCCCCAAGGUGGACGACCCCUAUGUUCUCAACGCCUUCAGUGUCUCCCAGGAGUUCGGGUUUGGUCUUAUCGAUGAACCGCAGGAGUACUCUGCCAUGCCGCCAAUGUACAUAUCCCUAGAGAUGCCAGACUCCUGCAGACGCGGAGAGCAGGUCGGCAUGAGGAUAAUGGUCUUCAAUAACCUGCCACAAGAAAUGAUGAUCCUGCUGGUGCUGCACGGGGCGGACACCCAUCGCUUUGUGGUGGUGGAGGACUAUGGGGUGGUGGACUUCUACAGGCCACGGAUUAAGGAAGGCGACCACCAGCACCUUGUUUCGGUGGACGCAGACAGCAGUGUGGAGGUGAUCUUCCCUAUCGUGGCCGCAGUGGACCAUGGGGAGAUUGAGCUCACUGUGUCCGCCAUCACCCAGAUUGGCCGAGAUGAGGAGACCGCCACUCUCACUGUCGAGCCAGAGGGUGCCACCAUUGACCGCCACACCUCCAUCCUGCUGGACUUGAAGAACCGAGCUGUGGUUUAUGAGUACAUGGACAUCAUAGUGGAGGAGUCCUAUGUUAUCCCUCUUAGUAUCCUGCGUCGCUUCGUGGCCGGCUCCCCGCGUGGCCAUGUGUCCCUCUGUGGUGAUGUGGUUGGGCCAUCAUUCCCAUUUGGGGAACCCGUGGACACAAUGCAAAUGCUACGGAAGGAACUGAGAGGAACAGAAGCGUCGACCUUUAACUUUGGUGCCAACCUGUGGACCUUACAUUACUUGCGCCUCACCAACCAGCUGGACCAAAUUGACAUUGCCGAGGAUGUGUUCGACCAGCUCAACGUGGAACUGGCUGCCAUCAUGUACCGGUUCAGUGCUGAGGGGGCCUUUAGCAACUGGGACACUGCUGGACCUAGUGUUUGGCUGACAGCAUGGACAACACGCACACUGCAGCAGGCACAGUUCCAGGAUUGGGAGAACCUAUUGUACAUUGAACCGGAGAUCAUAUCGAAGGCCGUGGCGUGGAUGAUCCGCUGGCAGAACUCCACAACCGGCGCCUUCAGGGAGACACCUCACUAUGAACGCAUCCCACUGGACAAGAAGGCGUCUCCGUACAUGUAUGGGCUGCAGUGGAGGGGCCAGAAGAACAUAACAUUGACGGCGCAGUGUCUCAUCACCCUAGAGCAGACUAUUAACACACUGCAGGGUGGUGUGCGGGCCAAGGCUAACAACGCACGCUCUCUGGCUGUCAGAUACCUGGAGAAGGAGCUGGUGUACAUAGUGGACCCAUACGAGCUGGCAAUUGUGGCGUACGCUCUCUCCCUCGCCAACUCUAUGGAGAAAGAAACAGCGUAUGGCAAACUGGAUCGCAAGAAGAGGAGGGAGAAUGGUCUGAUCUACUGGUCACGGGAGAAGAUAGAGGCCAACCAGCGAGUCUAUGAGAACAACCAACGUAAUCUUCUCCAGCCAAAGUUUGAGCAGAAGUGGGAUUCGCAUGCAGUAGAGGCGACUUCCUAUGCCCUCCUGGUGUACCUGAUUCGUGACGGAGUGGAUAUGGACCAAGAGCGGAUCGUGGAGUGGCUGAACGCUAUGAGGAUGCAUGACGGAGGGUUCAUUUCCACUGUGGACACACUGGUGGCCAUGCAGGCGCUGACAGAGUACUCCUACCGUGCCAGGCUGAGGGACAUCACGGACAUGAAGGUGACAGUGGAGGCGACAGGGGAGAAGGGACGCAACCCCAAUAAUGUCAUCAUAUCCACCAGUAAUGUGUCCGAGAUGCACAUUAUCCCGAUCCAGAACGUGUGGGGGAUGGUGAACGUGGUUGCCAAUGGGGCGGGGCAGGCCAUCCUACAGCUGGACGUGAGCUAUGGUGUGGACUGGAGUAACCUGAAGAAGCAGCCGCCGGUGGAGUCCUUCGAGCUGUCCAUUGAUGAAGACUUCUCUAAAUUUGGCAACAAGUCUCAUUGUGUUGUGACUGUUUGUGCCAGGUGGACCAACACGCUGGAGUCGGAAACAAGCUCUGCGGCCGUCAUAGAGGUGGAGGUGCCGACAGGUUAUGUGGCGUUCCAGAUUGACUUGGAGCGCAGCAUUCAUACAGCGCAGACCACCGGCUCCUUCCCCUCCCUACGUGAUGUUAUUGGCGGCCACGGCGACACCUUUGCCAAGAGGACUGUGUGGUUCUUUGACUAUAUUCCCUCUAAUGAGUCUUGGUGCUUCAAAUAUGAGAUGAAGCGAUGGUACCCUGUGGCCAACCUUACCAGAGUCCGCAUGGCCACUGUCUAUGAGCAGUACCAGCCAGAACGGUUCCAAAUGCUGAUGCUGAACUCAACUGUCAACACCCUCGACAUCUGUGAAGUGUGUGGGUCUUACCAGUGCCCCUACUGCCCUAUCUACAGUGCUGGCCUGGCCCUCGUCCCACCUCCUAUUGUCGCCUUUGUCUCGGUUUUUGUAACCUCAUUUGUCUCCCAUCUUCUCCUUCCUUCUUCUUCUUCUUUUUCUGCUCCCUUGGUGAGAAGAUAGGUGGUGGUGUUGAUGGUGGGAUGAUAAUGGGGUUUGUUUUUGUGUCUUCCUCUUCGUCAUCGUUGUCGUCUUCUUCUUCUUCUUCUUCUUCUUCUUCUUCUUCUUCUUCUUCUUCUUCUUCUUCUUCUUUGGUGUAAGGAGAUAGGUGGAAAGAUGAUGUAGAAGGGAGAGAUGAUAAUAGGGUUUGUAUUUGUCGUCUUCUUAUUUUGUGCAUCCUUCUGUGUUUCUUUAAGAGGGAUCUGGUUUGGCUCUUAUUUGUGUGUUUGUGUUGGCUUUGAUAUUGCUACAUUAAAUCCAUCCACUCUAUUUUAUACUAUUUAAAUUACUAUGACAAUUAAUCUUUACCUCUUCAUUUAUUUCAUAAGAAACCAAACAUAAACUAUUCCAUUGCUACAUCAUUAAGUCCGUCCACUUUUUUUAUUCUAUUUAAUUAUUUGUAACAAUUAAUUUCCACUUCAGUUAUCUAUAAGGAAGCAAAACAUAACUUCCAUUGCUACAUUAUUAAAUCUAUCUACCUUUUAUACCAUAUAAUUUUCUGUAACAAUUAAUCUUCGCCUCUUCAGUUAUAAGGAGCAAUCACAACUAUUCUAUUGCCAUAUAAUGAAAUCCGUCCACUUUCUUUUAUACUAUUUAAAUUACUAUUACAAUUAAUCUUUACCACUUCAUUUACAAGGAACCAAACAACUAUUCCAUUGGUACAUAAUGAAAUCCGUCCACUUUAUUUUAUUCUAUUUAAUUAUCUGUAGCAAUUAAUUUCUACUUCAGUUAUCUUAAAAGGAAGCAAAACAUGACUAUUUUAUUUCUCUAGUACUAUUAUUCAUGUCUAUUUUAAUACUCUGCUAUUAUUUGCACUAUUUAUUUUACUAUGACGUCUAUUUUUAAUGCUGUGUACUAUUUUUUUGCUCUAUUUUUGUGUCUAUAGCUCCAUUAAUUCCAUCCAUUCAUUUCUCUUAUGAUCAGAACCUUUUAGAUGCCAUAACCUGUCCAAUACUAUUAUAAGGGAUCAGAACCUAUAACAGGGUGCCAGAAGAGUGCCAGAAUCCAUCCAUGAGUGCCAGUUUCUUUCUAAUAAGGAAUCUGAACUUAUAUAUUUCUUGAAUCCGUCCAACUUUCUUAUAAGGGAUCUGAAUCUUUUAUUAGAAUACUGUUUUUUUUAUACUUUUCAUAUGUCUACCUUUAAAUUCUCUCUAUUUUUUUUACUACUAUAUUAAUCUUAUCCAUGUAAUUCUCGUAUAAGGGAUUGGAACCCCUAAAAGUAAUGCUAGAGGGUUCCAGAGCACUUUGAUAGCUGGUUGUGGUAUUGAAGAGUGUUUUUUGAUAUUUGAUGUGUUAAUGCUUCUAAAACCUUUGUCCACUUCUCUACCAUUAUCUCUUGACUGUUAAUCCUGUGUCUGAUUCUCUUUAUGAGGAAUUAGAAUCUUAUAACUGGAAUUAGAGUCUUUAUAACAGGAAUUUAGUCUUUUAACUGAGUGGCAGCAUCCGUCCAUUUGUCUUUUAAGGGAUUAGAACCUUUUAAAAGAAUGCCUUGGUUUUAAAAUUAACAUACUGCUAGCUGGUUGUGGAAUCCAAUAGUGUUUUUAAUGUGACUGCUAAACACUGCCUUUUUCUACACUUUUUAUAUCUUUACUAUUUUUACAGAUAUUAAUGUUUUGUAUGCUGUUUGUCACUAAAUGCUGUUUCUAUUACUGUUUAAAUGCUGUUUUCUAUUAAUAUUUGAAUGCUGUUUCUAUUAUUAUUAUUUAAAAGCUGUUUCUAUCACUAUUUAAAUGUUUCUAUUACUGUUUGAA